AUGGAUCCCGACGCCGCCGGGUGCGACGUGUCCGCGGACGGCCUCAUCGCCGAGCUGCUUGACAUGGGCUUCGACUUCGACGCCAUCAGCGCGGCGGUCGGCGCCGUCGGCCCGCGCCGCGCGGAGGUGCUUGAGCUCCUGCUGGGCGGGUCCGGCGCCCGCGCGGGGCAGGCGAGGCGAGGAGGGGGAGUGCCAGGCCGUCCCGCGCCGUCUACGGCACGGCCACGGCCGGCUCGCAAGGGCACGAAAUUGAGUAACCCUAGAGGGAGGCUUAGGCAGUCCAGCAUUACUGAUCACGUUGGCUCGGCUACUGGCGGCAGAAAGGAAUCUGGUCGGGAAGCGAGCACUUCGUUUCCUUGUUCGUCGGCUCCUGGUGAUCCCAGGGUGCUGCCAGUGGGUGUUGAUUUUUGUUCCAAACCGGGACCCGAGUCUCAGUCGUUGGUUGAGAACUCAACAGGGGAGUCCGACCAAAUGGACAUAGUUAGUGCUGUUCUGCAAAAGCAUUUUGGGUUUUCCUGCCUCAAAGCAUUCCAAAAGGAAGUCUUGGAUGCUUGGUUUGCUCACAGGGAUUGUCUUGUCCUUGCAGCGACAGGAUCAGGAAAGUCCCUCUGUUUUCAGAUCCCAGCUCUAUUAACAACAAAGAUUGUGGUGGUCAUAUCACCCUUGAUAAGUCUAAUGCAUGAUCAGUGCCUGAAACUUGCAAAUCAUGGGAUAUCUGCAUGUUUCCUUGGAUCAGGGCAACCUGAUAGCUGCGUUGAGGGUAAAGCGAUGGCUGGCAUGUAUAAGAUUGUUUAUGUUUGCCCUGAAACAAUAUUAAGAUUAAUGGAACCAUUAAAGAAACUUGCAGAAAAGCCAGGGAUUGCACUUUUUGCCAUUGAUGAGGUUCAUUGUGUUUCUAAAUGGGGCCAUGAUUUUCGACCUGACUAUAGGAGACUAUCUGUGUUGAGAGAAAAUUUCAGUUCCAGCAAAUUGAAGUUCUUGAAGCAUGAUAUUCCUUUGAUGGCAUUGACAGCUACUGCAACUAUUCCUGUACGAGAAGACAUUAUCAAGUCCUUGAAAAUGUCAAAGGAUACAACGAUUGUGUUAACUUCUUUUUUCCGGCCAAAUCUCCGGUUCAGUGUAAAGCACAGCAAAACUUCUGCGUCAUCAUAUGGGAAGGACUUCCAAGAACUGAUAGGGACAUAUAAUUCUUCAAGGAAAGGGCAGCAAAUUCUUCAUGAAAUUGACACUGACUCUGAAAGCAGUUCAUAUGAAUCUCUGAAUGAUAGUGCAUCAGAUGAUGAAGAUGAAAAUGUUGAUUCUGCAAGCCAUGGGUAUAAGAAUGUUGGGAAAACAAAAACUAGCAUGACUGUGGUAAAAGAAAACAUUGAAAAUGAGUUGGAUCUGUAUCAAGGAGUUGAUGAUUUUGAUGUUUCAUGUGGAGAGUUCCUUGAAUGCUCGCGGCCUGAGAGCUCCAAGUCUCCUGCUCAAUCCAAUCAAACUAGCUCCUCAGAAUGUGGCGACCAAGGUCCUACAAUUGUUUAUGUACCCACAAGGAAAGAAACCAUUGAAGUAGCUAACUUCCUUUGCAAAUCUGGUCUCAGAGCUGCAGCAUAUAAUGCAAAGAUGCCUAAAUCCCAUUUGAGGCAGGUGCAUCAGCAGUUUCAUUGCAACGACCUAGAGGUUGUGGUGGCUACCAUAGCAUUUGGCAUGGGAAUUGACAAAUCAAAUGUCAGGCGAAUUAUUCACUACGGUUUACCGCAGAGUUUAGAAGCGUAUUAUCAAGAAGCUGGCCGUGCUGGUAGAGAUGGAAAGCUGUCAGAUUGCACUCUAUAUUGUAAUUUUUUUAGAGCACCGACACUCCUUCCUAAUAAAAGAAGUGAGGAACAGACAAAGGCUGCAUAUAGAAUGCUACGUGAUUGUUUUCACUUUUCUCUGAACACUUCAACAUGUAGAGCCAAAAUAUUAGUGAAGUACUUUGGCGAAGAUUUUGGUCAUGAUGGAUGUCGCAUGUGUGACAUCUGUACUAAUGGCCCUCCUCAAAUGCAUGAUUUCAAGGAAGAAGCGAUUGCGUUCAUGAAUGUGCUCCAAGGUCGAAGUGGUGAUGAAACCGAAGAUAUGAUUUACAGCAGUGUACCCCGUUACAGCUCUGGCAGGACAGGGUUUGGGGAGGCACCUAAUUUUAGAAUGGUUGUCAGUCAUAUAAGGGAAAAGCUUCCUAGGUUCGCCGCAACUGACAAGAUAUGGUGGCAAGGUCUUUCCCGUAUAUUAGAAGGCCUGAGAUACGUACAGGAAGCAGCUGAAAUUCCUCGUGUCUCCAUGCAGUACCCUGAGCUGACGGAGGAGGGAUUAAAGUUUCUGCGUAGCUCACAAUCAGAACCACCUCUAUAUGCAUACCCAGACGCGGCAAUGCUCUUGGCAGUGAACGAACCAAGGCCCUUCUCUGAUUUCUCUGAGUGGGGGAGGGGCUGGGCCGAUCCCGAGAUCCGCCGGCAGCGUCUGGCAGGCAAGAAGACCGGGAGAAGAAAGCGGAAGUGGCGCUCCCGAUCCCGAUCCCGAUCCCGGCAGCAGCAACCGCCCGGCUUCACCACUGCCAAAGAGAGACUGGCCGCGAUACUGGCGAAGAAGCGAAAAAGGUGA